AUGACCAAGCUGGAGAAAUCAAGGGUGGACAAACGGCGAAGGGAUAAAGUGGAGUUUGAUAUGCCCGCGGUAGGCGAACCUAUCGAGAAAUAUCACAAUGGUCUCAAUCUCGAACUACUUGAAAGAGGCCGGCUGGAUUUCAUUAAAUACCAGGAAUCAGUUAAAGGACAGCUAACGCAGGAUCAAUUUGACUUGGUGAGGUCAUGUUCUCUAACUGAAGAUAAUCUAAUGACGACGAGUGACAAACUUCACGCUGGAAACGUCGAAACUAAGUUUCUCCUGUUGAAGAGGCGGUACUACGUCGAUGCAGACGGAAUUGUGCGAGACUACAAAUGCAGUGAUACAGUAGUCUGUGAACCUGAGCUGAUGUUUGAUCUCAUAAUGUGCGGGCAUCUAAAAAAUGGGCAUUUACACUGGCGCAGGCUGCACAGCUACCUCAGACACAACUAUGCCAACACAACUCGCGCAUUUGCACAAAUAUGUGUUAAAUACUGUUCCCAGUGUAACCCAGAGGAAGAACUACGCCCUUAUAAGAAAUUCAGGCAUACCAAUAUCUAUAGUGGCUUACUACCGCUGGAAAGGGUUCACGUUGAGAUUAUAUCGCCUUUUUCAGAAGCCAUUGAGGGCACCUACUCACACGUUCUUUUCUUCAGAGACUACUACUCGAGAUUUGUAUGGAUGCAGCCUUUAAAGGGUGAUGAUGUUCGAGAUAUCACCAAAGGACUUCUCGCUACCUUGCUUCUGUUGCCUAGAAUCCCAAUAUUUAUCGAAACUAGCACAAUAGACAGGCAGGAUCUGUUUGAAGCAUGCGAAGACGUUGCUGGCCAAUACUCUUUGUAUAUUGGGCUUGGAAUGAGCCAGUCAUCCACUUUCCAGAAAAAUGGCGUAGAAAGGCUGCGAUAUUUGCUUCAAAGGAAUGAAGAACAAUGUCUUCGAAGUUGGUAUAUGUGCUUGAAAUAUGGGGCCACUAAUCACAACUUGAAUUACAAUGCACGAAUUCUAGGUGUACCUGGAAACUUACUUCACAGCACCGUAUGCGACUAUGGGAGGCAAUUUGAACUGAAACGAGAGGACUUGAUAGAGAAACUUUUCGCUCGAAACGUGGUAGAGAUAAAAGUGAGCGGACGACGGCGAGGCAUUAUUUACUUAGAAGAUGAAACUAGUGCUUUCAAGAUGCCCGAUGAGGAAUACAUUUCAGCAGAAAAUGAGACCGACAUGAAUGACGACGACCUUGGUUUUGGAUCCGCGACACGACUGACAACACCGCUUACGUCUCCAGGCAGGACGCCAAGCAGGACACCAAACAGGACACCGGGCAGGACGCCAGGCAGGACGCCAAACGAGGUCAGGAAGGUACAGGGAGGCGAACUUGAGAACCUGGGCGCUGAGAAUCAAAAAGUAGAUGAUGUCGACAGUACUGGAACUAGUUCAGAGUUAAGUGGUCCGGCACAGAAGUACUAUCCCGGCAACAGUCGCAGUACAACGUAUACCGAGGCUUCGAACAAUGACUUUUCGGUUGAAAUAUGA